GGCGGGAACAACUCAAUAACGGAGCCAUAAUGCCGCUACUGUCGUUACCACCAUUGAUUCGACACAGCCUGACGCGUCGAGGCACCGUCAAGACUGCCGAUUACUAAUUAAAAGACCGUAGCGUUAAGUAGAGUGUGAUGGGCAAAUACAAAAUUAAGGUCGGGAUAAUCGGCGGUUCUGGAUUGGACAGUCCGCAAAAUCAAAUUUUGCAAAAAAAAACGGAAGUCAAGAGAGAGGACGUCGAGAAUGAUUUUGGAUUACCAUCCAGCAAUGUGUACCAAGGUACCAUAUCUGGGGUCGACGUAGCAUUGCUGUCAAGACACGGACCAGGCCACAAAAUCACUCCAACUGCCGUGAAUUAUCGUGCGAAUGUAGAAGCACUACGUCUCCUUGGCUGCACGCACGUCUUGGCAUCCACGGCUUGUGGCUCCCUGACUGAGUCAAUUGGCAGAGGGCAAUUGGUUAUCCCAGACAGUUUCCUUGAUCGUACGGUCCACAGAAAAGGAACACUGUACGACGGCACGUCGCCCAAUUAUGCUGGAGUAUGUCAUGUGCCAAUGGAGCCCGCUUUUGACCCGCGUACAUCAAAGCUAUUGGUCCAGGCUGCGAAGGAAUUAGGAUAUGAUGUCAGAGAAGGUGGUACCGUCGUAGCCAUAGAGGGACCACGAUUUUCGUCAAAGGCCGAAAGUAACGCUCUGCGAUUAUGGGGCGGACAUUUAGUCAACAUGACCACAUGCCCCGAGGUCUGUGUCGCCAAGGAAGCUGGUCUUCUCUAUGCAGCCGUGGCCAUAGGCACGGAUUUUGAUUGCUGGAGAGAAUCUGAGGACGUUGUUCACGCAUCUGACGUUUUGGCCGUAUUCAAACAGAACGUCAGUAAAGUCACGGAGUUGAUGGUCAAGGCCGUGGAACUCAUUGGAAAAGGUGACUGGGAUCAACAUAUUGAUGAUCUCAAGAAUCUACUGUGUAGCAGCAACGUGACAUCCCAUUGAUUACGUAUUAGAGGUAUUAUAUAAAAAAAUAUAGAAGAUAUAUCCUUUAUUCCUCAUCUUCACAUAUUAUAUAUACGUCAAAAUAAAAGAACACGUUUAUUUUAUA